UUACCCUGACCCUAGCCUAGGCUAAAAGCAAUCGUGAGGAGUGAGGACACUACCAAAACAAAGCUCUACUGAAUCUGACCGAGUCUGCACUCUGCCUGCCUGCACUGCUCUGGGCACCGCUGUGGAAGACUGAAGUGGAGAGUUCGCUUGCAAUUAAUUAUUGGCACAAGGGGUCAAAUCUACGCUUCUAGGGCAUACUGUUGGCGAUUCAAUAAUGUUGUCUACCACUUCCAACGUAUUGAAAAGAUGUAUUUCUAAAGCUGCUUCACUUGGUGCUGCGACAAGCAGACUGAAGCACACGUUACCGGACCUGAAUUAUGAUUUCAAUGCACUGGAGCCAUACAUCUCUGCUGACAUCAUGAAAUUGCAUUACGAGAAGCAUCACAACACAUAUGUGAACAACUUGAAUGCGACAGAGGAAAAACUUGCAGAAGCUGUUCAGAAAGGAGAUGUUGGUGCCAUCAUAGCUUUGCAGCCUGCUCUCAAGUUCAAUGGAGGUGGACAUAUCAACCACAGCAUUUUCUGGGAGAAUCUGAGCCCCAAAGGAGGAGGUGAGCCUACUGGGGACCUCAUGGAUGCGAUCAAGUCGGACUUCGGCUCUUUUGAACGCAUGAAGGGAGAACUGGUUGCAUCAUCAGUUGGAAUUCAAGGCUCAGGCUGGGGCUGGUUAGGCUACAACCCUGUCACUGGGCGGCUGCGCAUUGCCACCUGUGCCAACCAGGAUCCUUUGCAAUCGACAACAGGCCUUGUUCCUCUGUUCGGCAUCGACGUCUGGGAACAUGCCUACUACCUUCAGUACAAAAAUGUCCGUCCUGAUUAUGUUAGUGCCAUUUUCAAUGUAGCCAAUUGGAAUGAUGUCUCUAGUAGACUUGCCACAGCACGCAUGGGCUAGUUUGGAAGAAAAAAAAUGGUUCUUGUUUUUAUGGUGAUCGAAAUGGAUUAGUCUCCAUUAAAGGACAGUGAUAUGUUGACUAUGAUGCAUUUUAUCGUAUGUUUGUUGUUUUCUUUUCUGUUCACCUUGAGCUCUUACUACUGAUGCUUGUAUUUUGUUUUUUAUUGCUGUUGAGUUAAUCUUGGAGUACAUUUUUCUUGUCUGAGGCAUUGCUGUCCUUUCUUGCACAGAUGAGAUUUGUUCAAAGCUGCCGUUCCCCUUGAGAGUGUUUGAACUUUUUUGGAAUUGUGAAAGCUUUUGCCACACUGGCUAAGAAUAGGAAUUAUUGUCUUAUUCUGAAAAUUGACCAAUGAUAUGAAAUAUAUUUCUACAGUUAACCAGAUCAUUUUGUUAUAGUACUUACCAAACAAAACAUAGACUAGGUUUAUAAAAAAAUCAGUGGAUGUUAAUGAAUUGAAAUAUCUUGCGAAUCUCUUCAAACAUUUUGAUAUUACAUGUAUAUUUUCUGCAAAUUCAGGUGUCUGAGAACACCGUACAUUGGCAAGCGUUCAGAGUUAGGUGGGAGUAUUUGAAAUUUUAUAAACAGUGUUAGUGUUUUGAUUGUUUUGUUGCCUAAUUAAAGUGGUCGACUACUAUUUAGA